AUCCAAACUUUACAUAAUCUGCUCCUCCAAUGGUUAAAUUCGCAAUUCGAGAAUUUAGGGCUGGGUUUAUUUUAAGCGUAUAACUAAUUUUCUUCUGCCGCUGCUCUAUUUUUGUCCGUAUUUCACGGUUGAUGAAACGUCAACUUGGAGUAUAAGCCAAAUUCCCUACACUACUAAGGUCACUCGAACUUCACACAUCUCUUCCAACCGGGCGCGGUGAUACAGAGAGGGGAACGCAAGAUGUCUGGAGAUCUGCCUCUCAACAUCAAUAUUAAAGAGCCCCGAUGGGACCAAGGGACGUUCAUGGGGCGCGCCAAGCACUUCUUUAUGAUCACAGACCCCAGGAAUGUCUUGCUGUCCUCCAGGACGUUGGAGGAGGCUCGGGUUAUUGUGGAGAACUACAGAGCCGGGGUGGUGGCGCCCGGCCUGACGGAGGACCAACUGUGGCGGCCCAAGUACGUGUACGACUCGGCCUUCCACCCCGACACGGGCGAGAAGAUGUUCGUGAUCGGCCGCAUGUCCGCUCAGGUGCCCAUGAACAUGUCCAUCACUGGCUGCAUGCUCACCUUCUACAGGACCACACCAGCGGUGGUUUUCUGGCAGUGGGUUAACCAGUCUUUCAACGCAGUGGUCAACUACACCAACCGCAGUGGAGACGCUCCCAUCACUGUCAACCAACUCGGUGCGGCCUACGUGAGUGCCACGACCGGUGCAGUUGUCACCGCCCUGGGCCUCAAGUCACUGGCCACGCGUCUCCCGCCCAUCGUCAGCCGCUUCGUGCCCUUUGCCGCCGUCGCCGCUGCGAACUGCAUCAACAUUCCCUUCAUGAGACAGAGGGAGUUGAAGUACGGCAUUCCCGUGACCGACGAGAACGGCAACAGGUUAGGAGAGUCUGUCAACGCGGCCCAGCAGGCCAUCAUGCAGGUGGUGGUGUCCAGGAUCGGCAUGGCGGUGCCAGCUAUGGGUAUUCCUCCCAUCAUCAUGAACGCACUGGAGAAGCGAGCCUUCAUGAAGCGUUUUCCCAUUCUCAACGCUCCAAUGCAAGUGGGACUGGUGGGCUUGUGCCUGGUGUUUGCCACCCCUCUUUGCUGUGCCCUGUUCCCACAAAAAAAGUUCGAUGAAAGUGAGCGGGCUGGAGGCGGAGCUUCAGGACAAAAUACGACAAAGCAACCCGGCCACCACUGUGGUCUACUUCAACAAGGGUCUGUAGGCGCUUCAUGUGCACGCCACGUACGUACACACACACACACGCAAUUUAUUUAUGCUUUUUUUUUUUUCCUGGUGUUUUUGAACUGCUCCCAAUUGAAGCACAAGGAGGAAAGAUUUUUGCAUGUGUACAACAAACUUGUUACUGAAGUGUGUAUUUAGCCAUGAACUUGAAUGUAACCUCACUGUCCUCUUGUACUACUCCACUUGUACUAUUAUUGAUUUUUCUCGACCCCGGGUUGUUUUUGUUGUCUGCCUCGCUGUUCAAGUGGUGCACCUUUCCGUUAAGUUAGGGGUAGGCAACCCAACACGGCCUGAAGAGAGAGCACUUAAUCCGGCGGCCAUGCAAUUAUAAAACCAGAAAUGCUCACAAUAAAUCAAUACAGUGGAACACUUAAUUCCGGUCGUAUGAUUGAAAGAGUGAAAUUCAUUUCGAUCUCAUUCUGAGUGAAAUGAUUCCAGAUUUUAAUCAUGAUGGGGGGGGAGCAAUAAUGAACCAUGGAUAAAUUUUAUUUUGCAGGACGAUAAAUUUUAUUUUGCAGGACGAUAUUUCCUCUUUUAUUUUAAAGUUGUAAACGUACUUGAAGGGGGAACACGUAUUUUUUUUGUGUGUGUGUGUCUGUUGGACGGGUGUGGAACAUGUUAAUCUAAUUAUAAAACAGACUAUUCUAUAUUAUUGUAAACGUUAAAAUGGAAGUAUAGUUGAGAUUAGUACCGGCCCGUGUACACCAGUCAUGACUAGGGGGGAGGGGGGGGGGAUAUUGUUUUUUUGUGUUUGUGGUGUUUUUGCUGUGUUGGCUUUAACAGGGUUUAUAUUCUACUGUUUAUAUAGUUAUACACGCUGUACUGUAUUUCCUCAAAUAAUGGCCGCAUGUCAAAGUCAAGUGAAAAUAGAAGAUGCGUCAAUUUUGCUCGUGAUGGGGGGGAAAAAAAAAUCAUGAAAGCUAUCAUUCGAGGGAACAUGAACUACUCCGUUGCUGACCAAAACAGCAGUCAAGAAACCUAACCAAAGCUUUCGACAAUCAAAACAAUUUGGUCACGUAAUAUUAAUGAUCUUAUGUAAAACACUAAUAUGUAAAACACGUCUUAUUGGUCCGAAACUCUCACGCCCAUUUGGCAGUUAUUAGAUGUUUGUGGAAAUACAGUUCUGUCAUUGUUGCUGGAUGGACUGGAAACAAUAUGUAUUAUAAUGGGUGUAUUUUUUUUUUGGUGUCUAAAAUGUGCCUGUGUCCCUAAACGCACGAGUUUACCAGCAUCUUUUGCGAACAAGCAACUCGUCUUGUUUCAGGAUUCAGGAGUCCUAUUUAUAGAGCAUCAAUCCAUUUGGUGCAUUCUUGUAUUUUACAGCGAUACAAAAAGUCCCAAUUUCCCACCGUGUGAUUAUUUCUACUGUUGUAUUCCUGAUUGGUUCCAUUCCAUAACUUUAAAUCUCAACAUUGUGAGCAUUUGUCGCUCCUGUCAAGACUGCGCGAAAGUCAAGGAAACGGGUUUAGAACGAGUCGAUAUGCUGCAAAGUAAAUUAGCGAAGAUUGUAUUUGCUUGCCAAGUGUCCUGUUAUGAACUUAACACCUGGCAGAUUUUAGUCAGCACAGAACUGAAACAUACCGUAUUGCUGUUACGAAUGUAUCCAAAGGUGAAAGGUUUUCCCGCGAGCUUUAUUUUAAAUGGUUUUUGCACCAUGUCACUAUGCAUAAGAAAAAAAAAAAGGAUGUCUAUUUUAAGGAGUUACAUGACAUUUCAUUGUGUGCGUUUU